AAACUGUAAGAGAUCUUUGCAGUAGCUGAGAGACAACAGGAAGGGACCAACAAGUGGAAGCUCCAGCUGCUGCUUCUCCUCUCUGUAUGCUUCUGGGGGUUGGUGCAGUCCAUCCAUGGGAGACAGUGGCUCACACAGGGGCUCCUGGUUUGUCCCCUCAUCUGUCCACACGCUGUUCUUGUCCCAACUGUCCCCCUCUGCAGACCUGGCUGUUGCGGUCCUCCUUGCUUUCACAUGUGUUGUUGCGGUGCUGGGGAACGGCACUGUGUUGUUAGUCUACUCCAGGAAGAGAAAGAAGCUCAGACCACCAGAGCUCAUGACCAUCAACCUGGCCCUCUGCGAUUUUGGCUUCAGCCUCUUUGGAGGGCCAUUUUUCAUCAUUUCCAGCUUGUGUCAUGCCUGGGUGUUUGGGGACACUGGGUGCCUUCUGUACGGGAUUCAGGGCUUUGUGUUUGGCAUCGGCUCUCUGCUCACCACCUGUCUCAUCUCUCUGGACCGUUGCCUGAAGAUCUGCUGCGUAAGAUACGGUCAAUGGAUCGAGAGGCGCCAUGUGUUUCUGUCUAUAGCGCUGGUGUGGGUUUACACGCUGUCCUGGGCUUUGCUGCCUGCCUUUGGCUUUGGAAGCUAUGGACCAGAACCAUAUGGGACCAGCUGCACCAUCAACUGGUGGAGAAUGAGGUCAUCUCUAAAUGACAGAAUCUAUAUUCUCCUCAUCCUGACAUUAUGCUUUGGACUUCCUACGCUCACCACCGUCGCUUCUUAUGUGGCCAUCCUGCUGACGGUCUACAGAUCCAGUCGCACUCUGGCAUCUAUACCGUCCUCCUCUGUCAGUCACACCAGCAAAGAUCUGAGACUUGCAAAGAUGGCUGCUGUGGUGUGCACCACCUUCCUCGUGGCCUGGACGCCCUAUGCUGCUGUGUCUCUGAUCUCUGCACUCAUUCCCAGAGACGAUGAAGAGGCAUCUUUACAGAUUGUGGUGGAGGAGUCCUCUGGUCUGGCCUCGAGCUCUCCAAAUGCUCCAAAGAUCCUUGACAUCCCCUCCUUGCUCAACUGGACGGCUACAGAAUAUUACAAGCAAAGUUACAGUCCCAAGAACAACUGGAGCGAUGUGAACAACAUGAAUUUAGCCUCCAUCACCGGUCUGAGUGACGCCAUGUUCAGGUCCACUGUGGAAAAAGAAGCUGAGCCCCCAACCAGGAGCCCCCAGCUGUCCUCCUGCUUCCCACCUGUAGUCACCUUAAUCCCUGUUAUGUUUGCCAAGUCCCACUGCAUGAUUAACCCUUUAAUCUACCAAAUCAUGAACAGGGAGUUCAGGGAUGACGUCUGCGUGAUGGUGUUGGGCAAAGAGAAGGCAGAGAGGAGGCGGAUGCAGGAAAGGAAGGGGAGUACUUAUGAAAGGACCAUCAGCCUCUCCUACUGCCAGAGCUGUAAGAGAAACAGCAGCAACCCCAUGUGUAUGUCUGUGGAAAGAAAAAACAGGACCUGAAGAAACAGAGGAACCGAGGGAGCAGGAGAGGAGGGAGAACAGACUCCUGGGCAGAUAAUAUGUCAGUAAGAUCUGAUGUAUUAGACUUUAACUCCUCACAUGCUGAAAACAACAAAAGGAGACACUACAGCAUCUGUGGACAGAGGACAAGGAGCGAUCUGAGAGAGUC